AUCUAAUAUUCAUAUCAGUGACUUUUGGCGCGUAACAAUCAAUCUGGUUACAUAAUCAACCAAGGUUCUCUUAACAAAUGACUGAUAAAAAUUUCGACGAUUUGAUAACGAUUAAAAUACACACCAUCAUAACAUAACCAUUUUAAAUUAUGUUUUAAUGUUUUAUAUAUUUUAAUAAUAAUUUCCAUAGUGGAUUUAAUAUAUUUUCUCUGUAAAUAUAAUUUUAAUAUUAUUAUGUAGAAAUCCACGUUUAUAAAAUGACGUCGUUCGACUAUUGUUUUUAAACCUUGCCUAAACCAUAUUAAACGGCAUAAUGGGAUGUGCUUGUGAAAAACAACAUGUCUCGAUACAGGGUAACAAAUAUUAUGUGCACGAUCAAAUCGGACAAGGGUAAUAUAAUUAAUAAUUAGGUAUAAUUCUAGUAAAACGAACGAGAUUGUUUUUUGUUUGUUUUUCCAAAUGUGUUAUUCAAUUCUAAUAACAAUAGUGAAAUGAGAAUUUGACUUAAAUUUUUAGUUCCAAAGUAAAAGCAAUUUUAAAAUCUAAUCUUGUUUGUCAUACUAGAAUUGUUUCACUAAUAAUUCGAUUUUACAUUCAUAACAUGACUUAAAGACUAUUAUGUAAUUCGACCAUUAUAUAUUUCUUGAUAUAUUUAAUCCAAUGUUGUCCCAGUCACGUUUAAGUACUUAUAAUAUUAACUAUUAGUUAUUACGUUAGGUUAUUUAAUAAAAUAAUAAAACUUACCAUUAUUUGUUUUCAAAUUAAGAAAAAUCAUUAUUGAAAAUUAGGUAAUUUUAUUCGAGUAAAGUGGCUUUUGAAUAUAUAUUUUUUUUAUUUGUUAAGUACUGUUUUGUUAUUCACUAAUUAGGCAUAUUACUCAUAUACUCAUAUUGAUACUAAUAAUGUAUUUAAUUUAAAAAUAUUCCCUCAAAUAAAUUUAGACCACUUACCUUGGUAAUAUUUUAUACCUAGGUAGUUUUGCAUUUGUUUUAUUUUAAUGUUAUUUAUUUCAAUAAUAACCAGUUUCAAGCAGUUAAUUACUAUAAUUGCUAAUAACUGUUUAAUGAUUAUAAAAUCAAUAAAAUAGUAAUAUCAGUAUAGAUAAUAUAAAUAUUUAAUAUCAACUUAAAAAUAUAUGAUAAUAUUAUACCAAUAUGGUCAGAAUAGUAUUGAUUAUAUUGAAUAAAAAAUAAAAAUAUUUGAGAUAGUAAAUCUCAUUAUACUGGUAAAAGUAAUUUAAUUCAAAAUGCUGUGAAACAUAUUAACGCUGAUGUUAUUACAAAUAUAAACUACAUUAAGUUGAGGUUGUAUUUUAAUAUGGUUUUUUUACUCAAAUAAUACUUAAACUUAUUUUUAUUGAAUUAAACCAACUUUUAUUUAUUGGAAAUUGUCCAAUCUUUCACUUGAAUAAUUGCCUUAUUCAAUUGUGUACAAGCCUUAAUUAGGCUUGCACACAAUUGAAUUAGCAACAAAGAAAUAAUUGCAUCAAUUUUUAAAUUUUUAAAAUGGUUAUAUGUACUUAGGUAACUAUAUUUUACGAAUUAUUUUUCAGCGGCUUUAGUUCAGUAUUUCUCGUAAAGAAUACAAAUAAUGCCCAAUUCGUAUUGAAGUGUGUUUUUUGCCAUGAUAGUAAGGAUCAUGAGAUAGCUUGGAAUGAAGCUAAAAUUCAUCAAGUUUUAAAAAGCUGUGGAGACGAUUAUAUUGUAAAUUUAAUUGGAUGUGAAAUGAUCGAAAAAUGUUUAGAAUUUACAAAAGCACCAACCGAUACAUUUCUUAUGUUGUUACCCUACUAUAAAGUUAGUAAUCAAGUAAAAUAAAAAUGUAUACAAAUGUAUAGAUUAUUGUAAAUAUAUAAAUAUAUAAUAUAUAAUUUAAUUUGUACAGAAAGGAUCAUUACAUGAAAUUUUAAUUCAACCUCAUUAUCAUAUGGAUUUAAAAGACGUAUUAAAACAUUUUCAAAGAAUUUGUUUGAGUAUAAAAACAUUACAUGAUUUAUCAUAUGCACACAGAGAUAUAAAACCUGCAAAUAUAUUGUUUAAUGAUAACAACGAACCAGUGAUUAUAGACCUAGGUGACUACUAUAUUUGAGAGGUUGUUUAACUAAUUAUCAAGUAAUUAAAAUGUUAUUUCAAAGAAUAUUAUGUUUUGUAGGUUCUGCUUCCAUUGCCAGAAUCACAGUUGCCUCGAAAAGAGAUGCUCAAAAACUUCUUGAUGAAGUCAAUGAGCGAUGUUCAGUGACUUAUAGAGCUCCAGAAUUAUUUAAUAUUGAUAUUGAUUCUGUUAUAGAUGAACGAAUAGACAUCUGGGUGAGUAGUGUUUUUUUAAUAAUUUUCAUUCAUAGGAAAUGUUUAAAUAUUAAGCUAAUUCAGGCUGUUAUUUUAUUGGAAAAUCAAUACAUGGAACAAACAUUUUAUGGAAUCAAAUAGUCAUAAAAUAUUUUGAAAAAUUAUUGUUGGAAUAUUAAAUAGUAGAAUUAUAUUUAAUUGAAAUAUAUAAGACACAACAGACAACUGUUGGAAUUCCAAUACUUUGAACAGACAUUUAUCGGAAUUAUAAUACUUUGAAUAGAAAUUUAUCGUUGUUGUAAAAACAUAAUAAUAUUCCAUGCAAUUUCAGUUUCAAACAAUUACUAUUCAAUACUAAGUUAAUUUCCAUUAGUUUUUUUUUUUUAAAACUAUAUCAUUCCAUGAAAUAUAUGUUCCAAAUAAUGAUAUUCAACACUAUGUUAAUCCUAUUAAUUGUAUACCUAUUUAAAAACAUUUUGUUUUAUAAAAUGUCUGUUUUUCCUAAUGAUAAAUAAUUCAACAUAAUGUCCGUAUACAUAUCAUUAAAAAAAAAAAAUCCCUUACAUUGUUAUUCCAUAAAAUGAAUGUUCCAUCUAAAAUAAUCUGCGUCCUAAAAUUUCAGAGAAUAUGUCUCUUAAAAAUAUGACAGUUCAACAAUUUUAAACAUUUUUAAAAUAAAUCAAUCUUACAUAUAAACAAUACAUAACUCAAUUAUGAUUACUUGAUGAUCAAAUUUCCUGAAUAUUAUAAAUAUUAUAUUAUUUGUAGAUUAAAAAACAAACAAAAAAACAUUAAAUCUUGCUAACAUUAUUUGCAUUUUAACAUUAAUAUUGUGUAAACUUUAUUUAGUCCUUGGGAUGUUUACUGUACGCAAUGCUUUAUAAGAAAUCGCCUUAUGACUUGGUAUAUGAACGUGGAGAUUCUGUUGCUUUAGCUGUGAUAAGUGGAAAAAUUAGUUUCCCCUCAAAUUCUAACGAAGUAAUUAUUUUUUAAAUUACCUAAGAAUUAUUUUCUUAUAAAUGUAAUAUUUUAUAACAGCAUUAUCACAAUGUGUAUGUAUUUUUAGACUGUUAACGAUUUGAUAAGAGUAAUGCUUACAACGGAUCAUUUCAAAAGGCCAUUCAUUGAUACAGUUUUGGAAUCCAUCAAAGUGGUUAAUGAUUCUAUUGACCAAGAUUUUAAUGGACAUCAGAGUUUGAGUAAAACAAUAUAUACAGUUUAGAAACCAUGCCAAAUCGUAUACUACAUACUAUUAACCCUAGAGCGCACGCAUUAAAAAUAUUCACGAGAAUUCACGCAAACGGUAUUUUUGAUACACGAACAAAAAUACCGAUAAAAUAAAAUAAUAAUGUUUCAAUUAAAAUUCGACAAAUUAAAAUAAUUAUUAUUUAUUAUUAAAAAUAAAAUUUAUUGAUGAUAAAUAAUAGACAUUACCAAUGAUGUACUCGUCUACAGCAAUAUUUGCAUUAAAUUGAUAUAAAUAUGAUGUAAUAUAUGCUCAACGUCAUAUCUAGAUGUUUAAUAUAGGUACACACAGUAUGGUGAACCAGUGUCAACUAAUAACAAUCUCGCCAGACACAAUGGAACUAAAAUAAUGAUUGAUAAACAUUUUUAAAAAAAUUAUUAGGAAUCAAAGUAUAAAAAUAACCCACAAUUGAAUUUUUAAAAAAUGAAAUUGUUUAUAUAUCACACAGUCUUUUAGACUAUAUUUUUAUAAGUAAUAAAAUCUGAACUCUUCUAUUUUCCAGACACCAAAUCUUAUAUAGUUGGGAGUUAUAUCUAAUUGUAGUUUAUCACCUAAUUAGAAGGUACCUAGGUUAGGUUAGGUUUAAUAUUUCGUAUUUUUGACACAAUGAACAAAAUUUAAGAAACCCGGUCAUUUAGACCGUGAAGAAUGUGCUCUAGGGUUAAAAUAAUUUUUCACUUAAGCUUUAUUUUAUUUUAAAUAAUACAUUACAAUUUGCUUAUUUUUACCAUGUUGCUUGGAUUGAUUUUAUUUAUUGUUAUGUUUUGCCACUAAUAUAUUU